AUGACGCUGAGGGAUGACUCCGUUCUGGUUAAUAUCUUCCGCCCUUCCUUGUUAGCAUUAAUUAAGAAGGCCAUGUUACUCUGGCUCGGCCUGAUUACGGUGGUCGCUGGUUUUGCACCGCCGCCCUCGUAUCGACCGUUCGUGGUCAACAACUUUGACUUGAACGACUACCAUCCUCAUAAUAAUGUAAGCGUUCGCUUGUAAUAUUGGAUACUGUAAGAUUAAAAAGUGAUAUUAUUUUUUAUUUUUUUGUAAUUUUAAGUUUACUUUACUACCUUACACCAUCUCAUGUUAUAUUAUGCUGGUUGUGUUCGGAUUUUAUUAUUUUUCUUUACGGAAACUUAGUUUUUCAUUUAAUUUUUGGUCAAAUUAGUGAUUAUAUUGUAAUUUAACUACGUUUAAAUUAUAAGGCACCAUUUUAGAUUUUAAAAUUUUUAAAUUCGAUACAGAACAACAGAACGAGAGUCAGGUCUCUCGGCGUCUCAUCAGAACGAAGGCAUAUUCCCAUAGUAAAAGUAAGUUUGUCUUUGUUAUUUUAUCUUAACUAACACGUUGGUUUAAAGUAUGAACUUUUAAAUAUUACACUGGGCAACUUUGAAACAAGUUUUUGUCUCAAAAUUUCAUAAAAAAGUUUGAAAAUUUUUGAAAAAGCAAAACAAAACUGGCUUUUCAAACUCGCUUUUUAGCAAUGUAAAUUUGAGUUGGAAUGAAUUUAAAAACAAGCAUAGUAAGAUAAUAAUAUACAUCUACAAGAUUAGUCUUUAAAUUUUAUCAUAUUACAUUUACUGACAGUAAAAUUACAGAUAAGCGCUUUGGACGAGACGAAGCCUCCAGUAGACGUAUUUGUAGAUGCUGGGUUUCAUGCUCGAGAGUGGAUCAGUAUUGCUACUGCAUUGAACUUAAUUUACAACGUGAGUGAGUUAAAUGCCGUUUUAAAAGGUUUUUAUAGUUAGUUCUUAAAACUUUAAAUUUUAAGUUUGUAAAUGAAUAAAAGAUUACAGUAUUAUGAAUGUUUAUUGUGUAAAAUAGUAUUACGUUGUUACACAUAGUAGUACAAAUUAGUAAAAUACAAAGUAAAUUAUGAUUACUGGAUAACUGUAGUAAAAGCUUUACUUUUUUGUCUUCAGUUGUCGAGAUCAAACGACUGGCCAUCAAAUAUCAACUUGUACAUAGUACCUGUGGCUAACCCAGAUGGCUACGAAUAUACGAGAACGGUGGACCGUGACUGGAGGAAUACACGAUCAAUUCUGGCACCUAAUCUAAAGAGCUGUAGAGGUGUCGACGCUAAUCGAAACUUUCCCUUUCAUUGGGCUGGUCAGGGAACUUCGAACGACCCUUGUUCGUAAGAAUAGAUCUAUUUACAAUUAUAACAGAGGCUGAACGGUGGAAAAAGCGGUGGUAUCAAAAAAUACUAAUGGGUAGAUUUUAUGGAUAGGAUCCAUAAAAAUUUACCCAUUACGACUUCAUAUUUAUUAUCAGUUACACUAUUUGUUCCUAAUCAGACUCGUUUAGAGAGAUCUACCACGGUCCUCGGCCGCUGAGUGAGCCAGAAGCUCGUGUUGUCGCUCAGUUUUUAUCGAAAAGAGCCAACUCUUUGAAGGUAUACGUCAGCCUCCAUUCGUACCAUAAUGCUAUCUUGGUGCCGUAUGGGUACCGAUAUAAUGCACGGCCGAGGGAUUACAACGAGUUGGUAGGCUCUUUCACUGAUAAACUUAUCUUUUAAACAUUUUUAUCUUUAAAUUGUUUGUAGAUGUGGACAGCUCUUGAAAUGACACAAGCGAUGAACUCUUUGUACGGUAACAACUACACGGCUAUCAACUCGGCUCAAUUAUGUAAGUAUUACACCAUUACUCUGACUGAUAAGGUUUACCCGCAAGGUUAUACAUUAUCACAGUAAUACGUAGUUGUUUUGGUGUGACAGAGUAAUGUUAUUAGAGCUGAGUAAUUAGAUUACUGACACAGUAAACAAGUAAACUCUAGAUCCGGCAGCCGGCUGCAGCGACGACUACGCCAAGUCAUUGGGGAUCAAGUACGUGUACACGAUGGAGCUGACUACAGGAGAGUACGGUGGACAGUACGUUGGGUUCGAGACGCCACGAGAGUUGAUACAACAGACAUACGAUGAGGUACGGGCAGCGCUACUCACUUUGAUGUGGAAGACGGUGCAGGAAUGA